GGCAGGCGCUGGCUGGGCAGUGAUGGCGGACGAUGGGAUUGGGAAGCUAAGGACGGAACAAGGCGACGGCGGCGGCGGCGGCAGCAGCGGCGACGCUCCGCCGGAGACGGCGAGUGCCUCGUCCGAAAGCUGGCUCUGGGGCAGCUGGUUCGACAUGCUCUUUAUCUUGACGCUGGUGAUCGUGACGCUUUUGGCCUAUCAGGUCUACAAGCGCUGGGGCAAAAGGAUCGGAGCUGGGGGCGCGGCGCAACAAAGUCAGGCCCACUCCUUGCCCCGCAUGAAGCGGCGGGACUUCACUCUGGAGCAGCUGCGCGAGUACGACGGCGCGCGGUUGCCGCGCAUCCUUCUGGCCGUCAACGGCAAAGUCUUCGACGUAACCAAAGGCAGCAAGUUCUACGGGCCCGAAGGUCCUUAUGGAAUAUUUGCUGGAAGAGAUGCCUCAAGGGGACUAGCAACUUUCUGUCUAGAUAAAGAUGCACUCAGAGAUGAAUAUGAUGAUUUAUCGGACUUAAAUGCUGUGCAAAUGGAAAGUGUUAGGGAAUGGGAAAUGCAGUUUAAAGAAAAAUAUGACUAUGUAGGUAGACUUCUAAAGCCAGGAGAGGAACCAUCAGAAUAUACAGAUGAAGAAGAUACCAAGGAUCACACUAAACAAGAUUGAACUUUGUAAAUCACCAAAGUUAGGGGCCUUUGGAACUGUAAUCUUUUAUUCCCCAUCAAAGAAUGUCCUAUACCUUGGAUACACUUCAUCUACUACAGAAAAUGAUUUGUUUUAUAUAUGAUCCUUUCCUGAUGAAGAUUUGAUUUGAUUAGUAGGCAUUCUUUGUGCUGCCAAACAUUUAUUCUUUCUUUAUUCCUUUUUUUUUUUGCAAUGUAUCUAUGUCUGGUAAGGCUUCAUUAAUGGGGGCCAGGGAUUUAAAAUGCAAAGAAAGUAAUUUCUUGCAGCAUGUUGAAGCCUUUGAACAGUUUGUUAUUUACAGGCUUAUGUGUUUCAUGUGUAAUUUCUACUCUUUGAGCUCUAAAUGGAAAACCUAGUUCUUUUAAGGAAUCCAUAGUUAACACAGCGGCUGAAACAUAAAUGGGACUGCUCAGACAGUAAACUACUUCAGAGCUCUGCAGAUUACAUAGUUUCAAAUAAAAUUCUCUAAAGGAUAGAAGAGAAUUUAUUUGCAGACAUUAUCAUCUGAAAUCUGCCUUCUAUGCUUGUUUUUCCCCUGAAUCAAAAUAUUUGUGCCUUAUUUCACUUAGACUUGAAUUGUUUUAGAGGAAAACCCAAAAUAUGAGUCACUAAAAGCAGCAUUGAAGAUUGGCUAGAACAGUCAGUUAACUGGAACAAUUGAUGUCAUUUUGUAUAUAGAAUAUAAAGAAAUACACAGUGUUAUAUAUAUAGAUAUAUAGAUAUAUAUAUAAAUAAUGUGUGUGUGUCUGUAUACAUACACAUGCAAACUUUAAAGAGUGUAAUGGCCAAAUGCAUUCUCCCUUUGCUUUUUAAAUAAGCUCAAUUAGUAUUUUUUCCAUCCCCGGGGAGCUCCUUAAAGAUGAGGAGCCUAACCUCAUAUCAUUGUGAAAUGAGGCUAUGCAUGGAUGUGCGUGCUUGAGUACAAAAAGUGGGAGGAUGGUUCCUACAGAUACUGUAAAUACAAAUACAAUUUUAAUAAAGCAUGUAAAAUACCAAAUGUGCUGUCGGACUUUAUGUAGAUGCUGAAAAGCUAGUAUUGGUGGCUAGGACUUUUGUGUUUCAGAAGAAAAAAAAUGAUUUAAUAUUUUUGCACUGUAUUAUAUAAACCAUUGGCCAGAUAUUUUUUAAUAAUUUCAUCAUUAAUUGUAAUACAUAAAAUACAACAGUUUUGGUGAAUAAAAACAGUGGCAUAUAUCUGCAUAGAACAUAUAUCUGAAAAUGCUUUAGUGAAUAUGUCAUUCUCCUUUCCUAGCCUAUUAACUGCAUCACUUCUUUUAUUUUUUUGAUAUAGCAAGUACUUUUCUUCCAGGUUUUGCAAACUAGUCAGAACACUAAUCCAGUUGUGGCAUCCAGCAUUAAAAAGAAAAAACAUGCAAUAAAACAGUGAAUCUGGCAAGAGGGAAAUGUGAUCUUCAGUCCAUCUGUUAAGAGUAUUUUCCACAAAGACAUGUGAAAAGUAUCUGGUUCCAAAUGACCAAAUAGUUCUGGCCUUUAUUCAGGUUGGAUUGUAAAUGGUGAUUAUUGAUAACAGUGUCUAUAGAAAAAUACUGUUCCUCCCUUUUUUUGAUGUGAAUCUUUUGUUGCAUUUAUUUUAAUGUCUAAGCCUCCAUUGAUCAGCCAGUUAUAAUUCUUCCACUCCAAAAUUUUAUUCUAUAAUUGAAAUUAUGCGAUCUGUUUUGAGAAAUGAACAAUUUGUGUUCUUUUAUAUAAAAAAUAAAGUGUUCUGUAGAUAUAUUGUUAGUGUGUUGUACUUCUCAUUUCCUUAUAGAGAAACAGUAUCUUAAGGAAAUCUUGGGCUCAUUUGAGGUAGACAUAGUGUUUUUUUCUGUUAAUGAUUUUUAUUUGGGGUUAUUUUAUAAUUGUUCUUCAUGCUGUUUUGCCCAUUUUAAUAUGUGCAUUUGUGCAGACAAUGAAUGUUGUGCUUUUAAAAUGUAUUGACAGUAAUUUUGUUAGGCUUCACUUUGCUUGGCAUCUCUGAAGGCCCUCUGCUCCAGCCAUUAUGCACAUUUCUUCACAUAUAUCACAUCCUCACAUAAUGAAUUAAAAAUAGAUGUCUAAAGUGUGUAAACAGACUGCUGAAUUUCCUUUAGGAGGAGAUUUUAAGAGCAAAGGGUAAUAACAGGAAUCCUGGAAGUUGAACUAUUUCACAUUUUUAAGUUGCCCAAUUUCUCAAUUCUUGGUGGUGGUGUACAAAUGUAAAAUCAAAGAAAUGCAACAUCAAACUAAUGAAAAAAGCAAGAUGAUAAUCCUAGAAAUAAAAACAUCUACAGCCCAUUUUAACUCAAAGAGUGAGGAAAAAGCCAGGUUUUCAAGACUUAUUUAUAAUGGAGAGUGAGGUAAGGACCACUCAAAUUUCCAAGGCAAUGCUGUGACAGAAAAGACAUACCUAUUGCGUCCUGGCUACAUUGUUCAAAAGAUGGGAUGCAGAACAUGCCAAGUCAAAUCUUACAGGGUGGGCAGAGACAGUAAGACAUGGUUUCUCUAAAUAACUAUACCACAUGCUAUAAGAACCAGGGGUUUGUAGGUAAUAACCAGCACUUUGAAUUACACUUGUAAUACUGCUACUAACCAGUGCAGUUUGCAAAGUAGAAUAAUGGAGAUGUUUCACUACUGAAUUUAGCAGAUAAUUUUAAUGGUUUGUUUCAUGUUGCCUUUAAAUUGAUACCAGCCCUGAAGCCCCUCCCAGUUUUAGUGCUACGUGACCUUACUCUGGCAUGAAUAUAACUGCUAUCAUUGCCACUUCUUGAUCGGCUUAAUUUUCCAAUUGGUCUUCAAGGAUAGUCCCUCUCUAAGGUAAUAAGGCAUGAAUGAUCAUGAGAAAGGCCUCCUGGUUUGGGAAUGGGUGAAAUGACACAAGGUAAGUUGAGCAAAGACCUUCCUAGCUACAGUUGCC